AUGAGGAAUGUCAACAGCAAGGGCAAGGAAUACAGCAGUUACCUGGAGAAAUGGAUUGUGUCUGGACUCAAGUACACGAUAGAAGUUGAGAUUGGCCGGACAACUUGCCCCAAGCCAGCAACUGAUCUCCAGAGCUGCGCUUUGCAUGAGGCACCGCAGAUGGCGAAGCACAACAUUUGCACCUUUGUAGUGUACACUAUUCCUUGGCUAAACGAAACUAAACUACUGUCCACUAGCUGCAAGUAA